AAACAAACGACAGCAGUUAUUGUUUUAUUAAAAGGAAAUAAGCUCUGACCCGUCGAGGCAUGGACUCCACUAGAUCCCUGAAGGUGUGCUGUGGGAUCUUACACCAAGAUGUUAGCAGCAGAUCCUUCAAGUCCUAAGCAGUAAUGUCGAGUAUCAGAGCCCCUCACACAGUGGGGUGUGAGCGAGCUCCACUGCGUGAUGUACAGAAUGAGAGAUCAGCACUGCAGCAGACUUCAUCCAGUAUUAAAGUGUGUGAGGUGCACACUGAUCAGAAGGAAAACCUCUCCAAGUCAUCCUUCAUCACCGACUCUGAUCCAAACCUGUGCAGCAGAGAUGCAAACAUCACGUUUAAGUCCUUCACAUGUGCAGGAGGAGAGGUGGAGAUCUCGGACCGAUCCAAUCUCUCAGACAGGUCUGUUCUAAUCACUCACGACUCUCCAGACGUCUCUCCUCUUAACAACACCACCGUGACACACGAGGACACCGAGGGCCAACAUGAAGAUCAUCUGUACUGCAGAUACACCACCUCCAGAACACAGGAAGACCACGCCUACUCUGACCAUCAGUCUCUGAGUCGCACAAACUCCAUCACCUUCACAUCCUUCACCUGUCCAGGAGGAGAAGUCGAGAUUGCAGGAGAUGAACCAGUUGUUGCUGAAGAGCCGGAGUUACAGAAUCUUGUUCAGAAUUUUGGAGAUGAAAGCUCUGAUGAACACACGGAGCUUCCCAGCUGCCAUUUUGAUCAUCUGUACUGUAAUACUCAAACAUCUGAGCUUACAUCUGGGAACAUGGAGGAGGAGGAGGAGGAGGAGGGUGAAGAAGGUGGUGGUGGUGGUGAGUCUGUAAACUCUGCGUCCAUCUCCAAAAACAUCACAGACAUCACCUUUAAAUCCUUCACCUGUCCUGGAGGAGAAGUUGAAAUUGCAGAAGACUCACUCGUGAAGAAUGAAUCAGAAGUGCAUAAUCCUGAAAGUGAGACCUGUGAAGAGCACACAGAGCUUCCAAGCCGCCAUUUUGAUCAUUUGUACUGUAAUAUUCAAACAUCUGAGCUGAGAUCUGGGGAGGAGGAGGAGGAUGGUGAUGAAGGUUCUGUAAUUCUUCCAGCCAUCAGCAAAAAAGCUACAGACAUCACUUUUAAAUCCUUCCCCUGUCCUGGAGAAGUUAAAAUUUCAGAAGACUUUUCACUUGUACAGAAUGAAUCACCCGUGAUGAAUCAGUCACUCAUCACUAAAGAUUCAGAAGUGCAGACUCUUCAGAGUGAGAGCUGUGGUGAUCAGACCAGGCUUCCCAGCUCUCAGUUUGAUCCUCCCUACUGUAAUGACGAACCAGAAUGUAUACCUGUUCAGGUAGACGGUUCCAUCACGCGCUCCACCAUGUUAGACGCUAACAAUCCGGGAGGAGUUGGUACUGAAAGCGACUCUUAUAGUGUCCUAAUCGGCUCCUCUGCGGUGGAGAGACGAGACGACGUAACCUUCUGCUUCUCAGGUGCUGAAGUGGAGAUCGAGAACACCUACAGAACGUCAGACGUGUCCACGCUCAUGAAGGGUUUAAAGAUCUACGAGCAGGCCGAGUCCUCGCCUAACAGUGAGUUAAGCGUAGUCUGUGCAGAAAGCGUUCUGGUUGGAGAGAAAGAUGACCAUGUUUACUGUCCAGUUGUGAGAAAUGAUCCAGAAGUGACUGGUUCUGAGACUGAUGCUCACCUCAACGUGCAGAUCUCCACUUCUGGGGUUGUAGAAAGAUCAGAAAGACCACCGAGGAGCAAGGGAUCAGAGAAUACAGAGUCUGAUGUGAUGUUUCCUGAAAGUUCUUCAGAUUCCAUAGAGGUACAAGCUGUAAGAUCUGUCCAGCAGCAAGAUCUUGACCAGCAAACGUCUGCAAAUCCUGAAGAAAAUGUGCUCGAGGAUGAAAACCCAGGACUCGGAUGUGAUGUUCAGGAAGUGUUUUCAGAUGAAAAUGGCAAAUUAUCUCAUUCCCAUCCUGGUGUUGAUGGAAUUCCUGAAAAUGUCGGUGAUUUAGAAACCCAGACUGUGCAGAACUUCAUCAGCCGAAAUGCUAACGUGUCGACCCAUGCUGAUCCUGAAAUCUUGCGUUCUGAAAGUGUAGAGAUGGAAGCUCAGAUGAAAAUGUGGAGCCACAUCAUUCUUUCUGAACCUUCCACUCCUAAACAUUCAGCACUUGGACAUCUCUGGCUUCCGGAAAGUCCCAUUCCUCCUCCGCAGCUGCACUCCACCGUACUCACCACACCGUUAACCCCGAAACCUGCCUCUGCUCCUCAGCUGCAGAAAGAGAAGGUCAUGAAGGAUCUCUCCACUGUGGGACAAGGACCUCUCCAGGACCAGCUCAGGAAAAUGGGCGAACUCUUGAUCGCAGCCUCCGGGAAAUUCUCCGCCCCGGCAGCCGUGACGCCUGUGCAGCAGCACAGCGCCUGUGUGUGGACCACGCCCACACUGCAGCAGGAACGCAGCACCAACACUUCCGCCGUCAUGGAGGAGAGGAAAGAGAUUGACGUCUCAGAUGCCUGCACUUCUACAGACUCCCUGCUCUGGAGUGUGAGUCGCAGUAAUCUGGAGUGUUUGUCCCGCUCUGAGCUGGAGCAGAAGCUGAUCUCCACUCUCAUCAUGGUGGAGGUCCUGUCUCAGCAGCUUACAUCAGCCCAGAACCAGAACCUCAAGGGCAGAACUGAGGCGAGCCCGUCCAGCCUGAGAGACCGUCUGGUCCAGACGGAGCGCACCGAGCUCAGCCAGACGGGACCAUACAGAGAGCUGUAUGUGAGUGCACUGGAGCGAAUCCAAACUCUGGAGCUCAAUCAGGAAACUUUUCACAGCUUGCACCAAGCCAUGCAGCUCAUGAACAAAACCUUGAUGAGUAUUAAAUCCGAAACAGAUGAAGCUCUCGGCAGCAUGAAGGAGCUCGAAGGCAUCGUUAAUGACGAUCAAAAAAUCCACUCCCAGCAGCUGGGGCAGAUGAAAGCUCUCUUUGCACGCUGUAUGGACAUGCUGAGGAAAAUGGAGCAGAAAAACAAAGUGUGUGUGAAGGAUAGAGAUGAUAUGAGGAAGCAGAUGGAAGAAGCUCUGGAGAAGGAAUCAAUGGUGUUGCGGGUGCUGGAACAGUUGCGUCUCCAUCACACCACACUAGUGUCCGAUCUCCAGUCUAACCUUGGAUCCCACGAGGAACUGACAGAUGCACUCACACAGACUUACCCACAGCUGGUGGAGCUGAAUAGGAUGCAUAUGGACUCUGUGACCGAAGCCAACACACUGCUGAGAGAGACGAUGGAGGAACACACACGUCUAUCAGCUGAGCUCCAUACAGCUCAGCAGCUCCUCCAGAGGACGUAUCCGUUACUGCACAAACUCCAGCACAGAGCAUCAGCUGCUGUAGAGCAGAGUCAGAAACACCAGGAGGAGAGAGACCGAGCUGUAGAGGACAGAGAACAGAUGGUGCAGCAGUUGUACGACACACACUCCAGCCUGCAGGAGGCACAUCAGCAGAUUGCAGAUCUCAACACACAGAUGACCAUCAUGAGCUCAGAGAUGGCAGUUCUGCGUGAGCAGCUGACUGAGGUAGAGGAUGAGCGCUCUCAGUUACAGAGGAAGGCCACUGAGCUCUCCGCUACAGUUUCCUCUUCUCUGGCAUCUUACACUUUCCUGGAGCAAACACUAGCCUCAGAGACCAGCAAACUGCAGCGGUCACUACACGACACUCAGGAGGCCACUGAGAGAGCUGACGGUCUUCAGGCCGCUCUGUGUGUGUGUGAGAAGAGGGUGGAGGAGUUGGAGGAGACAGUGGUGCAGAAAGAGACUCUUAUUUCUGAACUUAGCUCUGAAAUUGAUAAUCAGCGUCUGCAGCUGCGCAGACUCACGCAGGUCCAGAGUGAACUGUCCAGUGCCAAGGAAAUGAGUGAGUUCCUACAGGCGGAGAACGAGCUGACACGAGAGCAGUUAGCUGAGAGUGAGGGACUGCUGCGUUCACACCUUCAGGGAUUGAGAGAGAGAAACUUGGAGUGUGAGGACCUCAGAGUGGAGCUACAGCAACUACGUGUGGAGAAGGAGUGUGUGGAGCAGGAGCUGGUCAGUACGCGUGAUAAAGCUCGGCUCAUGCUGUUGGAUCAGGGAGAGCAGCUCGCUCAGGCCACACUGGACACCUCCCUACUGCUGCAGCGUGUGUGUGCUCUCAUCAACAGCACACACACCACUGACCACAACCACAAGAGCAGUUAUGAUCUGGUCCAGACUGACCCUUCACCCCUCUCUCAGCCCUGCAGCUCCUUCCUGAACUCGGUCAUUAACGCUCUGACUGAGGAUCAGCCAGGUGUUACAGUGCCACAUAACAACCCAGUUAGUUGUGUAGAGGAGGACCUGACUGAGACCAUGGGCAGCAGGAGCAGCGCCUUCACUCGCAUUGUCCCAGCUGAACUCCAAAACACAAACGAUGAUAAUCACAGCACCACUCUGUUGGAGUUGUUAUCAUCUCUGGGUGAGAGUGUGUCGAAACUCCACUCGGCCAUGGAGCAGCUGAAACGACACAAAGACUCUGAGAUGGACACACUGCAGAAGAGCAUGCGUGACCUGCAGGGGGAGAUGGAUGAGCAGAAGAACCUGCACAUGGCGGAGGGGGCGGAGCUUAAACAGCAAGCGGUACGCCUUAAAUGUCAGGUGGAGAAAAAUGCACAGGUGCUGCAGCAGAAGACACAGGACGAGAAAGCUCUUAGGAAGUUGUGCAGUGAGCUGGAAGAGAAGCUGGAAGCCGCACAGAAACACAGAGCUGAGAACAGCGAGCUGCGUAGGGAGGGAGCAGACCUGCGCUGUGCACUGAUGCAGUCCCAGGUGGAGGUGCAGGCUCUGAGGGCAGAGCUAAGGGCCACCAGCCAAUCAGCAUCUGGCAUGAAGGAGCUGGAGGACAGGAUCCGCCUCCUGAGGGAGGUGGAGAAGCUGAAGGCUAAUCUGAUGGAGGUUGAGGAAUCCAGAUCCAAACUCCUAGAACGAGCGAAGAGACACCAAAUGGUGCAUGCGAUGAAUCAGAGUAAACUGGAGCGUGAGCUUCACCUGCUGGACGACAUGAUCGAGACUGUGAGGAAGGCCCUCUCGUCUGUACCUGAUGUGGUAAACUCUUGUCCUGAGCUGCAGACAUUGCUGGAGUAUCUGGGCUGAGUGAAUUGUCCUUUCUUCACUAACUGACUCACUGCCACUCUUUAACCUGCAUUUCUACAUGUUUUUAAUUAAUUAUUAUUAUUAUUAUUAUUAUUAUUAUUAUUAUUAUUAUUAGAAUUAAAACUAAAAAUGACCAUGUAUAAAGACAUUUUCUAAAUAAAAG